AUGGCCGACAACACGGCUCGACGGCUGGUAGAUCGACAUCCGCUCCAGCGUCUCAACUCGCCCUCUCGAGGCGCAUCUGCUCUUCUCCACGCACGUUUCCUCUCCGUCAAAGGCCUGAGAGCAUACGCUGACUUCACGACAGUCCCUUGGUCUGGCUUCCUUCGCAUACUCUUUCUCCUGGCUCGUGCGAAACCCAAAUCCCGUUCGUACGGAUGGCAUUUGCAAUACUUGACCAUCAUCGGUCUAUCUCUUGCCGCGGCCACCUUCGCCGUCGGUCUGCUCGCCGAUCUUUCCGCCAGCCCCACGCUCUUCCGCGUCAAGAAUGCGCUCAGCGUGGCCAGCGCGCCCAUGGAGUGCUUGAUCAGCUUACUGUAUUGGAGCCUGCGUGCGGUUGACGAGAAGCUCGUCUUGCCGGACUGGGCGAUGCGGUUGCCGAUGCACACGGAUCUGUCCUUUCAUGCCGUGCCCUCCUUGACCCUGGUCAUCGAUCUGCUCUUCUUCUCGCCCCCAUACAGUAUUACCUUCCUGCCCGCACUGGCGCUCAGCGGGUGCAUCGCAUUUGGGUACUGGUUCUGGAUCGAGCGCUGCUACCAAUUCAACAACUUCUACCCAUACCCGCUUUUUGAAAUGUUGAGUACUGCGGAGAGGAUUGGGCUGUUCGGGGCAUCGGCGCUCCUCAUGACUUUGUCGACGAGUCUACUUGUAUGGUUGUAUGGAGUCGUGAACGGAAAGGUCACUGGCCAGCAAAAGAGCGGCAAUGUGAAGGGAGAAUAA